GGAUCAACGGAGAGGAAAGAAGUAUAAUUUGUACUUCAAAAUUUCAUAUCGAAUGGCGACAUUACUGGGGAAGUUUUAUUUUAAUACUUGGCGAGUUUUACCAUUUAAACACCAAUAUCGUUUGGGAUUAUAUAAGAAAGAGGUUGAAUGUUUGCUUUUGAAAAGCCAGAAAGCAUUCUAUGCCAAUGUUAUUGCCCGAAAUGAAGAAGAAAGACGGAUAGCUGAAAAGAUUAAAUCAAAUCUCAAUGCUUCAAAAAUUGAAGUAGAAGACAUAUCAGGUGGCUGUGGUUCCAUGUACAGAAUAUUAGUGGAGUCGUCAGAAUUUGAGGGAAAGCGCACCAUACAACAACACAGAAUUAUAAAUGAUGACUGUAGCAUGUUGUACAAUCCGCUGGCCAAGCCUGCUCACCUAACAGCAGGAGCAGAAGAAACCAGAUCCUCUUGUCCAUUGUGCGAGCUUUCAAAGUCUUAUCUGCGAGGGAAAAACGAUGAUUUUCAAUAAUUGUAUAUCGUUCGGGUGUUCAUAAUGAGCAGCGAGGCGAGCGAGCUUUCUUGCUGUCCAAGGCAUUCGACAUUGGAAAAGUUUAUGUCUUAAAUGGCAUUUUGGCAGCUGCGAAGGCUAUCAGAAUGAGCGAUGAAAUAAUUGUCAGCAAUAUGCAUUUGCAUUUAAUCGCGAUUUGCAUGCAAAAGCUUGCACGAAAUCGAGGCGACUUGUCAACGUGAAGCCCAACGUGGUGUUUGUUUUUAUCAAGGCACGCUAUAAUUUUUUUUACGGUAUGUGUUCCUGUGGAUGAAUGCCCAAUUGCUUUCAAGAGCUCUUGGGAAGUGGAAAAGGAUAUGGGUUUUAAAUUAUUUUUCCCUAUUUCAUGCAAAUAUUACCAAAUGCAGACUCUGCUUGCCUUAAUUUUUCAACUUUUCAAGUCUCAUCUCAUGAAAUUUGUAAAAAUUUAUUCACACGCAGUUUGAGUCGUUUAAAAAUAUGGUCAUCGCUCUCGAUAUGUUUAGAGAAAUCAAGCACUUAUUUAUUGUCAAUGUAUGGAUAGCUAUGGACAUCUAUGGACAUCUACAGAAUACAAAUAACUAAAGCUUAUCUCCCUCAGAUAGGGUUAAAGUAACAUCUCAUUUUUUCAAAAAUUCUAUUACAUUGAUUGUGUAUUCGAUAAA